ACUGUACUUAAGGUGGUUCGAUUUCCAUACUAGUUUAUUUAUUCAAAUAUGGGCACACGCCACUUAAUUUUACAUUGAAACUUAUUUCGUUUGCAUUUAUUUUUGUAUAUAUUUGCGUGAAAUUGCUUUUCAACAGAAAAUACUGUUAAAUCAUCGUAAAAACGAGAUCAAUAUUUGUUUAAAAUUUGUUAAUGUAUUAGUGAACGGUUACAGUGUCAUACGCUUCGGAAUAUCCAUUAGUGUGCGUAGCUACGUUGUCAGUUCGCUGAAAAUGCGACGUUGCCGCUCUUGCUCGUGUGUGAAACGGUGUGUCACUUGCCCUCUCCCUUCGUUAAAGAAGCGUUCAUAAAUUACGUUCACCCGAACGUUUUAUAAUAACAGUAUUUCUGCUGCCAGAUGAUCGAACAACCCGCUCAUUAUGAAUCGGUAAGGUUAUACGUCGAAAUGAAUCUUUUUCGAUUCUGAAUGCGACCAUAACCUAACCUGUUCCGGCUUUUCGGCGGGAAACGGGAACGGGACAGUUGCUUUCUUCAUUGAGUAAUCUAAAUAAUUAAUACGAAGUGGUGUUUUGUGGUUAGUUGGAAGACAUUCGCGAGUGUUAUUAUAUUGGAGUAUUCAAUAAACAAAGUGUAUCUGCCUAUUUUCGCUUCGUGCCGGGAAGCCGCUUCAUAACUCAAAAGUUUAUGCGGACUUUUGAGUUAAUUCGUUUGGGUUUGAGGGUGGGGGCUUAGGUUUCAUCAUCAUCACCUUUCAUCAUUUCAUUAAUCAUCAAGAAAAAAAUACGUCAGACAUGGCUGUAUGGGCAUAGUUCCCUUUGCCUUACCCUUCGGGGAAAACCAAAACAAAAAAAAAAACUAACCUGUUCCUGUCAUGUCAUGUCAUUCGUUUCUUUUCCACUUCCAAUUUAUAUUGUAAUAGUUUGGUUAUUUGUUUUAUUAAAAGCCACGAGUUAACUGUGGAAUAUGCACCAGAUAGUUUGGGUAGUCUGUCUGGUAACAGGUUUGUUGAUCUACCACAUGUCCUUAUGUGGGCUUUCAAACUUGAGAGACACCGUUCGCAAUGUGGUGGUAGCAGCAUAGUCUUUGUUGAGGAGUUUAGAAAUGGUUUCAACAGUAUGUUUACUUUCCAAUGCAGUAUGUGUGAGAAACAAUUUAGAUACUGCAAUGAAAAAGAUGAAAAUCUUAACAAAGCGUUUGUUUGGGGGACAUUAACAGCUGGAAGCUAUUAUGCACAGGCUGCACACAUCACCAACUUGAUGGAUAUACCUACAAUAUCAGCUUCCAAAUUCCGAGAGACAGAAAAAUUAUUAGGUGAAGUUUGGAAAGAUGAACUAACUGAGGAGAUCCAAAAAAAUGGAGAAAGAGAAAAGGCUAUUGCUAUGCAAAAAAAUAAUGUAGAUGCAAAUGGUAUUCCAUACAUAACAGUGUAUGUGGAUGGAGGCUGGCCUAAACGAUCAUAUGGCCAUGAUUAUAGCUCUCCAUCAGGCAUGGCCUGCAUUAUUGGAAAAGAGACCAAGAAAUGCUUAUUCUUAGGCAUAAAAAACAAAUAUUGUUACCACUGUCACAUUUAUGAAAAAAAAAAGAACAAGUUUCGGAGCAUAUGUGUUUCAAGAACUACGAAGGACCAUCUACGGGAAUGGAGGCGGACAUCCUAGUAGAAGGGUUUGAGAGGAGUCAAGAGAUGCAUGGUGUAAAAUAUUUAAUAUUUAUAGGAGAUGGAGAUUCAUCUGUGUAUGCACAAUUAAGAGAAAAGGUUUCAUAUGGGACCCAAAUAAAAAAAAUUGAAUGUAAAAACCAUGUGAUUAAGAAUUACACUGGAGCAUUGUACAAGAUUAUAGGAAAUACAAAGUUACCAUUAUUUGGCCGGAAGAUUCUCAAGCCAAAAUUACAAAAACUUACAGCGGUUUCAAGAAAGAUAAUUAUGGAAGCUGAUCAUAAUUCAAUGAGAGAGGAUCUCAAAAAUGGCCCAUCUCAUGUAUUUGGCUGCCACCAAGAUUGUAAGGCAUAUUAUUGUCGAUUCUGCCAGAACAGUGAUGAAAAAGACACAAAUUCUUUAGACGACCUUAAAACUAAGGCACCUGCAGUUUGGGCCCACAUUUGUGCAGCAAACGAGGCAGUCAUGUCAAAAUGCCAUCGACUAUCAAACAACACAACAAAUGUUGUUGAAAAUUUCAUGAGUGUUGUCAGCAAAUUUGUCUGCGGGAAAAGAUUGAGUCUGUACAAGGGUGGCUCAUAUCAGCGAAGAGUAUAUAUUGCUGGUCUCUCGCACUCUCGUGGUCAGAAAUGGCACACAAAUGCUUGGAAGAAACAUAUAAGAAGUAGCCCUGGACAAACUUUUAAAAAGUACAUUGCCCAGUCGGAAAAGUCCAAGGAAAGGCGCAAAAAAUACAUUCGCAGGCGACUUUUUGCGCCUAAACCCAAAACUGACCACAAUUAUGGUCCAAACGCCAAAGAUGUAGAUGAGUCAGUUUUAGGGAAAGAUCUAAAGGAAGCGUGUCUUCUAAAACUGAAAGACUUCGAAACGACAAUAGAUCAAAUAAAAUAUAUUGAAAGUGCAACAAUUGGACAACACGAUAAUGAUGUCUACACUACAUAUAGAUGCGACAGGCUUACCGCUAGUCAGUUCGGAAUGAUAUGCAAGCGAAAAUCUACAACACCAUGCCAUAACCAAGUGAAGAGUGUUUUAUAUAAAAACAAUAUCUUGACCAAUGACAUGGCCUACGGCCAAAACCAUGAAUCAGUGGCCAGAACCUUGUUCAUAGAAAAAAUGAACAAAGCCGUACGGCCUGCUGGGUUAUAUAUUGAUGAAGAAUUUGGUUUUCUUGGAGCUAGCCCAGAUGGAGUAAUAGAAGAAGAAAAUUCUAUUUUGGAAAUAAAAUGUUUUCCUUCAUUGGCUCGCAACAAUCAAGACAUUUUUUCUGCGGCCAAAGAUCGUAAAAACUUUCCCCUUUUGGUUGAUGACACUGGUGCAUUACAAAUAAAUAAAAAACACAACUAUUACUAUCAGAUCCAGGGUCAACUGCGGGUUUCAAAAAUGAUGAAAUGUUACUUCAUUGGCUAUGUUUCUCCAAGUUUUGACAUCACAGUGUUGGAAGUACAGCGUGACGAAAAUUUCAUUAAAAAUAUGAUGCCAAAAUUAGUAACAUUUUAUAAAAAUUGUAUUUUGCCAGAGGUAGUACUUCGAAGAGUAACAAAAAAACAAAAAUGUAUUGAUAUUUCAAUUAUGUGGUAGCAAUUAUUUUAUUACUACUUUGUGAACAAGCGCGCUGUUUGCUUUGCAUUGUAUAAAGUAGUGACAAUCAGAAAGAGAUAAAUAUUAUAUCCUAAUCUGAAUAAACGAAAUCUGAAUCUUACUUCAAAUAUCAAUAAUUUUCGUUAGCCUGUUUGAUAUUGCCGUUUGUAAAUAAAUAACAUAAAAUAACAAUAUAACUUACUGCAAACUUAA